CAAAUACCCAGAUUCUCCCUUCUUCAAAGCAACUAGCCGUUACGUUUUGUUUUACAAUAAUCAACAACUCAUCAAAUCUUAAAGAUUCUCUUUUACAUCCACAAUCUCACCAUUCUGGGUUCAAAGACAUAUUUUGUUUCCAUUCCAGAAACUCAAAAUCCCAUUGAAUACAAAGAACCAAUAGAGAAAGAAAAAAUUUUUACAAGGAAAAAUUCCAUCAUGGCAUCACCUGCCAAGACUUCUUCAUCAAUCCCAUGUAGAACCAACCCUAAUAUGAAAAAAUCCGAACUCUGCGAUCCUAUGGGAAGAAGUUUCAGUGGAAACCCUUUUACAAAGCCGUCAGUUAUCACAAAUCCCAGAGCUUUCAACCCCAACACUCCGGCUAAUAGUCCUUCAGAUUUUCCUCGAAGACAUUCCACUGGCAGAGAAAGUGUAGCUUCUUUGCGUGAUCCCGACAAGGAAAACAGUACAGACCAGAAUCCAAAACAAACAAGAGUCAGAUCUCCAGCUCUUUCAAAGUGUACAAAGAAUUUCAUGUCACCGACUAUCUCUGCUGCUUCAAAGAUGAAUGCAUCCCCAAGAAAGAAAAUCUUGGUCGAGAGAAAUGAGUCAGUUCGAUCUUCUGUUUUAUUCUCUGAUGUAAACAGCAUGAUCAUGGAAGACAACGAGUCAGCGCCAGAGACUGCUUUCAAGCAGAAGAAGGUCUCAUUCUCUGAUGUUAAAAGCGUCAUCAUGGAGGAUGAAUCAACCCGGGAGAUUGGUUUGAACCAGAAGAAGGUUUCUUUUUCUGAUGUUAAAAGCAUAAUCAUGGAAGAUGAGUCCACUCCAGAGAUUGGUUUGAACCAGAAUAAGGUGUCAUUCGCUGAUGUAAAAAGUGUAGUCAUGGAAGGUAACGAGCCAACUCCACAGAUUGGUUUGCAGCAGAAGAAUGUUGAGGUGCCUCAUGAUUCACAAAGCAGCAACCAUGAAUAUGGGGAACCUUUGAAAAGCAACGCAGAUUUUGAUUAUAAGGAGUCCAAGAAUGAUUCUGAUUUGUCACGGGAGACUGUUACAGUGGAAAAGGAUUCAGUUAAUAUGGAUCCAAGCUUCAAGAUUUCACCUUCAUGCCCUGUUUUACCACCACUUGAUGCAGAUCCAUCGAUCCUUCCUUAUGACCCUAAAACCAAUUACCUUUCUCCAAGGCCUCAGUUUCUUCACUAUAGACCAAAUCGUCGGAUUGAGCUUUAUCGGGAAAGAGAAGGCAAGCAGCUGGAGGAGCACUUUGCAUCUGAAAGCUAUUCAGAUACUGAUGUUACUGAAGAAACACAGUCUGAAGGUUCACAGAGAGAAUCGGAGGAUACUUCUUCAGAAGAAACAAUGAAAGAAGGAGAAGAAGAGGAGGAGGAGCUUCAUGUAUCCGAAACAAAUCCUAUUGCCCCAGAAAUGGUUGAAGGGCAAUUCGUGGCUAAAAGAAUGUGUAAGCCACGUUUUUCCACCAGAUCAAAGUUCAUUGCUUUGCUUCUGGUGCUGGUCUUUGCUUACUUUGCAGUUCUUGUAGCUAAUUCUCCAGCCUUUACUUCUCCUGGAUUGGAAUUAAGCCUAUUCAAUUUUCACGUCCCACCAGAAGUCACUGAAUUUGCAGAAGCUAAUUUUGACCGUUUCACUCAAAAUCUUCAGCACUGGUUGGUUAGCUUCUUGUCUUAUGUUUCCAACAUCAUUUCCAGUUCAAGAGAAGUGCACAAACUGGGUUCCUUUGAAUAUGCUAAUUUGAGUAAUUUGCUAGAGGACCAUAUGGUUGAGGAGCACCACCUAAUGUUUGAUUACAGUGUAACAGAGCCUGUGAGGGAGAGAGAUGCUGGAACUGAACUAUUCGAUGACAACUAUUAUCGAGAGACUGAAGCAGAUGAGGCAGUAAAUGAAGAUGACGAUGUAGAAGACCAAGAGAAUGGAACUUUUGAAAACUUGGAACUGGAUUCAGAAGGAGAACCUGAUGAAGUACAGCAAGGAAUUGAAGCUGAGAUGAUAGAACUGAAUCAGUUAGAGGCAGAGGAGAGCAAAGGAGUUGAAUUUGCUGCUCAGAUUGAUGCUGAACAUCAAAGCAAGGUGGACCUUAAAGACCAGCCAAGCAUAACCACACAGGCUACUGACAUUCAACAUGAUAUAUCCAAAACUGGGGACCUUGAGGGUAAUGACUUGAACAAAAUGGCUGAAACUGUGUUCCCUAAAGAGGAAGUGAUGUUUGAUAACCGCAAAAUUGAAGAUUCCACCGACAACUCUCAAAGUUCUGAAGUAGUAGAUUCUAUAAUUAAUGGGCCAGAAGACCAAUUUCUCACGAAGAAUGUGAUGGGUUUUUCUUUACUUAUGUUGUGUCUAUUAGCAGCAGCUUCAGCUUUCAUCUACUCAAGGAAAGGAAAGCCCUCCAUGCCAGCGUCAGUGCCUGUGGAACAACCAGUACUGGGGAAGAAAUCUGAAUACAGUCCAGUGAAUGUUGGCUCAAAGGAUACAAUCCGUGAAAGGCUAUCCUCCAGGAAUUGGCAGACAGAAGUAGAUACGGCUAAUGAGUCAUGCCCAUCAGAAAUGAGUAGCUUCCAGAGGACCUCAUCAUCAUCCUAUAGCAAGAAAGGAAUCAAGGAGUCAAAUGAAUAUCAGAGCCAAGAAAGGAAGACUAGGAUGACUUACAGGAGAGAAUCUCUUGCUUCAUCAGAUUACUCUACCGGUUCGCCUUCCUAUGGUAGUUUUACCACGUACGAGAAGAUACCUAGCAAGCAUGGAGAAGAAGAUGAGGAGAUAAUUACCCCAGUUAGGCGAUCAAGCAGAAUCAGAAACCAAGUCACUUCUCCAUGAUGAUUGAUAAAUUGCAUCUUAUGUUUUUUACUACAAUUGUCCUGCUUUGCAAUUCCAAUAUAAAUGAACCACUGUUAUUGGAUGCUGACAUAGAGUAGAGCUUUAUUGUAAUUCGAACACGUUAUUGGAUGGUCUUCACUGAUCAAUUGUGAUUCUUGCCAAUCUAAUUUAAAUUUCUUCUUUCUUUCUUAAAUGCGGUGCAUUGAUGCUUCGUUGGAGAUUGGUCUAUAAUCUACUACGGAAUUUUUUUUCCUGGUGCAUUGACGUUCA